AUGAAAAUCAACAUAUCAAAACAAAAAAUUAAAAUUAUGAAAUUAUUCUUUCUUUCAGUAUUAUUUAUAAAUAUUAUAUAUAUAUUAACGUAUGAAUCAAAUUUAAAAUCAAGUAUAAAUGAUAUAAUUAUAAAAACUACAUCAUCAUCAUCAUCAUCAUUAUCGAAUAAAUCUGAAUUAUUUGAAGAAUUUCAACAAAAUAAUAUUAUAAGUACAUUAACAAAUACAAGAUCAUCAUCAUCCAAAUUUUUAUCAUAUUUAAAAACUAAAAUUAAUAUAUUAUCAUCAUUACAUCCAAAGACUUUAAAUAUAAUUAAUAAAUUAGAAAAAGAUACAAAUUAUAAUGAAUAUAACGAUUUAAAUUCAAAUUUAAUAAUUUAUAAAAAUCAUACAAAUUAUUGGAAUAAUCAGAAACUGAUAUUUUAUGAUCCAAGAUUUACUUUAUCAAUGUAUUUACAUGAAUUUAAAUUACAAUAUUUAGAAAAACAAAGCAACCACCAAAAAGAACCAAUAGUUGAAUUACCUUUUAAUUGGGUAGAUUGGAUGGAUUUAACCUUAUUAAUUAAAGAUAUUUUAGAAACUGAUCCUUCAAAACAAAUAACUUGUGAUACAUUAGUUGAAAAUUCAGAAAAUGAACCAGAUGGUAGUAAAUUUUGUAUGAAUAAAAAUGAAAUAAAUGAUUUAAAACUUUCGCAACUAAAUUAUACAAUAGAUCAAUUACCUAAUUUUAUAAUAUGGGCUCAUGAAGCUCAUACAAAAAGAAUUUAUAAUGAUUAUAGAAUAUUACAAGCUAAAUCUUUUGCAAUGUUAAAUAUGAAAUCACCAUUAAAAGUAUUUAUAUUAAAUGAUGAAGGAACUUAUGAAUUUAAUGUUAUUGGAAAUAAUAGAAUUAAUCAAACACCAUUUUUAGAAAAUUAUUUAAAUAAUCAUAAAUUAAAAAAUAAAUCAAAAACUAAAACUAUAAAAUCUGAAAUUUCAAUUAAUCAUAUAAAAGAAUUAAAAAAUUUACAAUCCAUAAUUAAACCAAAAAUUGAAACACCCACACAAAAAAAUGAUGAUUUUGAAAUAUAUUUAAAUGAAUCAAUGUUUCAUCCAAUAUCAAUUGAAACAAAAUUAAAAAAUUUACCAUCAAAUCCAUCAAAUUUUACCCCACAACAACAAUUAAUAUAUAAUGGAUUAAUAAAAGCUCAAGAAUUUUCAUCAGAUAAAGAACCUCGUUUUUUCAAAAUGGCAACUUUAAGAAUUGAUGAUUCUAAAAAUUUAGAUUAUGAUUGGGGUUGGCAUUAUGAUUGGAGAUUUUUUAAUGGUGCAUUAAAUUAUAAUAAUGGAUUAACAUUACAAGAUAAAACUAAAAGAAUUUCAAUAAUAUUAGAUAGAUUGUUACGUAAUUGGAGUAAAUUUGCUCAAUCAAAGGGGAUAAUAUGGUGGAUUAUGCAUGGUCCUUUAUUAAGUUGGUAUUGGAAUGGAAUGAUGUUUCCAUUUGAUAUUGAUAUUGAUAUUCAAAUGCCUGUGUCGGAAUUAUAUAAAUUAAAUGAUUUAUAUAAUAAUACUUUAGUUGUUGAAAACCCAAGGGAAGGAUUUGGAAAAUUUUUAAUUGAAACAAAUACUUUUUUAUAUAAUAGAGAAUUUAGUGGAGGUGAUAAUUAUAUUGAUGCAAGAUUUAUUGAUGUUGAUAGUGGGAUUUAUAUUGAUAUUACAGGAUUAAGUAAAAGUAAAAGUUUCCCACAAAAGGAAUAUAAUGAAUAUCCAGAAUUAGAUAUUAUAAAAACAGAUGAAAAUGAUGAAAUUUAUAAUGAUAGAAGAAAACAUUUUUAUAAAUUGAAUCAAUUAUCACCAUUAAAAUUUAGUUAUUUACAAAGUAUUCCAGUACUUAUCCCAAAUGAAAUUGAAACAAGAUUAAAAUUUGAAUAUCCCAAAGGUUUAACAGAUUUAGAAUAUUCAAAUUGGUAUUUUAUUGAUAAAUUAAAUUCAUGGAUUCAUAUAGAUGAUUUAAAAGAUAUUUUUAAAUUUGAAAAUUAUAAAAAGUUAAAAAAAGAUAGUGAAACAGAAUUUGAAUGGGAUAAAGAAAAAAUUAAAAUGGAGAUACCACAUAUAUCAAAUGAAAAAAUUUUUAAAUUUUUAAUUAAUAAUGAAAAAUUUUUAUUAGAAUUUUAUAAAAUUUAUCCAUAUACACAAUUACAUGAAAUUGAAAUGAAUUUAAUUGCGGGUUUAAAAAAUGAUGAGAUUUUAGAAAUGGAUUUUAAUAAUGAUAUUUUAAAAAAUUAUUUAUCAUUAAGUUCAAAAUUUAAACAAUUUAAUGAACCUUUGAGAACUAGUCUUUGGGAAUUUGAAAUGGAUAUUAAAAGGAAUAAAGAAAUUAAAGAAUGA